GAAUUGAGGCGAUCUACACAAGUUGAAUCGGUCUGAAACCAGCCAUAGCUUUCAAAAAUAGGCUGCAACCGAGCCGGGUCCAGAACAGUCCGGCUCAGAUUGCAUCCCUGCACUGAUUCAUGGGAGAUGAAGAUGACGAAGAAGAGGAGAAAGGACUCUGCGAUAACAUUAACAGACACGCACAUGUUGAUAGUUGUGUGUUGCAAUCUUCAGAGGAUCACUUCAGUUCCUUUUGCGGUUGUUUAACCUAGAUUUGGAUGGUGGUGGACAAGAAGAAGAAGAAGAAGAAAAAAAGGGCCAAAACGAGAGAAGGUUCAGAUAAGCAAGUGCCGUGUUGCCUUUUUUAAUACAAUUUUCUUUUCAUUUAUUUAAUGUGCUAAAGACCAACUACAUAUGGACGGAGGGAAGAGCCAGACAAUUCUCCAUUGGCUUGUGUGCCCAUCUGCCGCCUAGGAGCCUUCCUUCCUUGACCCAUGUUAUAUAUAUACAUAUAUAAAUAUGAAGAAGCUCGCAUAGAUGGGAUCUCAGAGAGAAAAACACUGCUUGGGCCAAUGGAAGAAGAAGUUGAAGAUAUUGUAAUAGUGGGAGCAGGAAUAGCAGGUCUUUCAACAGCUCUAGGGCUCCACAGACAGGGGAUCAGGAGCAAGGUGCUGGAGUCGUACGAGGAUCUGAGGGUGACAGGGUCCGCCCUCACGACUUGGUUCAACGCUUGGAAAGCCUUGGAUGCUCUCGGCCUCUCCCCUGCACUCCGUCCCUCCCACCAUCGCCUCCACGGAAUUGCGGUUGGCUCGGUUGUAGCAGGCAAUCAUCCCUCUAGACAGCUCUUGUUCGGCCAAUCCCAAGAACAUGAGGCUCGAUGCCUGCAGAGGAAGCUGUUGCUGGAGUGUCUUGCAAGAGAAUUGCCCCCAGGGACCAUAAGGUUCUCCUCUAAGGUUGUCUCUAUUCAACUGUCGGGUCUCUUCAAACUUGUUCAUCUCGCCGACGGCACUGUCCUCAAGACCAGGGUUUUGGUAGGAUGUGAAGGAGUAAACUCGAUUGUAGCCAGGUGGCUAGGCUUCAAAAACCCAGUUACCACCGCUCGAUCAGCCAUCCGGGGCCUCACCCAUUUCCCAAACGCCCAUGGUUUCGGCAAUACGAUCCACCAGUUUCUUGGCAACGGUGUCCGUUCAGGCUUUAUCCCCUGCAAUGACCAUACAGUCUACUGGUUCCUAACCCACACCCCUACUCAGCCAGAUGAGGAAACAAAUCCGACUAAACUGAAACAAUUCGUCCUGGACAAGCUAAAGGACUUACCUGACAAUGUCAAAGGCAUCGUGGAAGACACAGACCUCAGCAGCAUCGUGAUGUCCAGGCUGAAGUACCGACCUCCAUGGGAGAUCUUAUGGGCAAACAUCACAAAAGACAAUGUAUGCGUUGCAGGAGACGCACUUCACCCCAUGACACCAGAUAUUGGACAAGGUGGCUGCUCGGCCUUGGAGGAUGGCGUUGUGCUUGCUCGCUGUCUCGGUGAAGCGCUGAGAGCCAAUAACCUGAAAGGUGACACCGAAGAAGAGCGUUACAGGGGGAUAGAAAACGGUCUGAGGAAAUAUGCAAGCGAAAGGAAAUGGAGAAGUAUCGAUCUCAUAACUACGGCAUAUAUGGUCGGCUUUAUACAAGAGAGCCGAGGAAAGUGGACUAACCUGAUCAGAGACAAGUUACUGUCGUCAUUUCUCUCCAGGAUGCUGCUGAAAAAGUCGCAUUUCGAUUGCGGGAAGCUUGUUGAGGGUUCUCCAUGAUUACCUUAUUUGAACUCUACUUGGCCAAUACUUCAGCUUCAACAAUAAACCUCCUGUGUUUUAUCCUUUCUUUUUCAAAGUUACACAUCUUACACGAAAAAUGAAUGAAAGAUAUAUGGAUUGCAGUA